AUGGCAAUCCUUACCCCACCGAGUCACUGCCAGUGUGGACACGAUGAUACGGUGGUUGUGAAAUGGUUUGCCAGUCACACCCUUAAUGAAGGUUCCCAUUGCCAGGUUCUCCUAGGCCUUGUGACCCCCUGGUCUAGAUCGUCCACACGAGGAACAAAGGCCACAGUCAUCAGGAACUGGGCGUUCCUGCGGGGCGUCCUGAAUGCGGUGAACAAGUACUCCACGGCACUGGGCCGCAUCUGGCUGCCCGUGGUCUUCACCUUCCGCGUGCUGGUGUACAUGGUGGCGGCCGAGGAGCUGUGGGACGAUGAGCAAAAGGACUCCAUCUGCAACACCCGCCAGCCGGGCUGCGCCAACGUCUGCUGCAAUGAGUUGUUCCCCGUGUCCCACGUGCGCCUCUGGGCCCUGCAGCUCAUCCCGGUCACGUGUCCCUCACUGCUCGUGGUCAUGCGUGUGGUCCACCGCCAGGAGCGCGAGCGGAAGCACCGCCUGAAGCACGGGCCCGACGUCCCAUCCCUGUACGACAGCCUGGACAAGAAGCGGGGCGGGCUCUGGCGGAUGGACCUGCUGAGUCUCCUCCUCAAGGCGGCCGUCGACUCCGGCUUCCUCUACAUCCUUCAGCGCCUCUACCAGGACUAUGGCGUGCCCCACGUGGUGGCCUGCUCCGAGUCGCCAGGCCCCCGCACUGUGGACUGCUACAUCUCCCGGCCCGCGGGGAAGGUCUCCACGCACUUCAUGGUGGCCGCGGCCAUGCUCAGCCUCAGUGAGGUCACCCACCCGGUGGGCAAGAGGUGCCUGGAGACCCUUGGCUCCAGACGCCGCAGGUCUAGGCGCUGGACUCACCUGCCCGAGACAUGCCCACCGUAUGCCCUCUCCCAGGGGGAGCACCUCCAGGAUGGGAACUCUGUCCUAAUGAAGGCUGGAUCAAGCACAGUGGAGGCAGGUGGGUAUUCAUAA